CACUCACUCGCACACUGACUGCUGCCCAGUGCCCAGUGCCCAGUGCUCGCCCGGUUCCCACCGCUCUGCCGCCUGCUGUGCCCUGCCUGUGCCCUGUCCUUCCCUCCCCUGGCAGAGAAUCUGCAGGGCUUGCCGGCCGGGCCUGCAGGGAGGAGGGAGCGGCGCUAGCAUGGUGCCGUCCAAGAAGAAGUUCCGCGGCGUCAGGCAGCGCCACUGGGGCUCCUGGGUCUCCGAGAUCAGGCACCCGCUGCUGAAGAGGAGGGUGUGGCUGGGCACCUUCGAGACGGCGGAGGAGGCGGCGCGGGCGUACGACGAGGCUGCAGUCCUCAUGAGCGGCCGCAACGCCAAGACCAACUUCCCCGUCCCGAGGACCGCCACCGGGGAGCUCGCGCCGGUGCCACCCGCGCGGGACGCCCGCGGCGGCGGUGGCGGCUCGUCGUCGGCCGCUGCAUCCGCCGCCGGCGGCAACAGCAGCAGCCUGUCGCAGAUCCUCAGCGCCAAGCUCCGCAAGUGCUGCAAGACGCCGUCCCCGUCGCUCACCUGCCUCCGCCUCGACCCGGAGAAGUCCCACAUUGGCGUGUGGCAGAAGCGCGCCGGCGCCCGCGCCGACUCCAGCUGGGUCAUGACCGUCCAGCUCAACAAGGACGCGGCGGCGUCGUCGUCGUCCGGCGAGGAGCCGGCGCCCAGCGACGGCGCGGCGACCACGCCGACCUCCACGUCCACGAUGACCACGGCCGGCUCGCCGUCGGCGUCGGCGACGAUGGAGGACGACGAGGAGGAGAGGAUCGCGCUGCAGAUGAUCGAGGAGCUGCUGGGCAGGAGCAGCCCGGUCUCGCACUCACAUGGGAUGCUGCAGGCCGGAGAAGGCAGCCUCGUCAUCUGAAAAUUGCAUGGCUCAACGAGCAAGCUAGCAUGAUCAGGUCACUGUCCCAGAUCAGAGCAAGUCUUUGGUAGAGUGCGGUUGGUGCAGCGCAAGCAGUUAAGAUUGUUGCAUCAUAUCAUAGGUAUCUCUGUUACUACAUCGAUCCAGCUUAAUUAGGAAACCAAAAUAUAAAAAUAUAUAUUGUAAGAUAAGAUUAGUCACGACCGUGUGAAGCUCUCUGUAUUUAUUAAAGGCUUACUUACUUGUAUGUAUAAGCAUGCAUGCAGUCCCUGGCAUGAUAGUCACACUGUCACUGGAGAAACCCCUUUGCUAUAUGUAUCAAUA